GUUUUGACUCCAAAACGUGGUUGUUAUAUGUACGAUUUGCCUGUUUUCGGUGCAUACUCCAGGGCCCUAAGUGACAAAAUGGUAACCGUUUGCAGGUGACUUAUCAGGACAAGUAAUUCUAAGACAUGCACCUUAAAUUUCCGAAGAAUAGACAUUUUUACACUUGGGAGGAGCUGAGCUGUCUUUCCAGGGCAAUUGGGUUUCAAAGUGACACACUGAAAAAAUGUAUUCCAGACGAAAUCACCACACAAGAACCUGCAAUCAAGCUGAAGGAAUUACGUAAAUUGAUAGAAAGGAAGUACUUCAGUGAUGCACUGGAUAGAUCAUGUAAUAUGCACACAGCUGAUUACAAUGUGAAUGUCCUCUCCAAGGCCUUGUUGUUACUGGAACAUAAACUUCUCAGUUUUCCUGAAUUAAAUGAUGUAAGAAUAGCAUAUGAGGCUUAUGAAGGAGGUGACAUGAAAGGAAUGAUUAUAGAUGAAUAUACGUUACUUAGAACAUUAAAGAUGUGUGGUCGAGUGGUGGCACCUAUGAAGUUGAUGCAUCGUGUCAAACACAUGAAAUCAGAUUUUGAUGAGAAAGGAAGGAUUCAGUAUUAUGAAUUUUUAGACUUAUUGGUGCUAUGUGAAUAUUGCAAUAAUGUCUCACUUGACGACUUCAAAGAGGAAGCAGUGAAAAAAAACUGGAGGCACCUAUUUAAGAUGGAUGACUUCAACCCACUUUUUGUGACAGGGGAUGAGAAAGUACAUGAAUACCUAAAUCAAACAUUUAAAGAUACUGAACUUAAUUAUGGUAAGACACACCAUGGUGACAAGAAACUGCCAAAGGAGAAUUCCGUCAAUAUAGAGGCAAGAAAACAACAAGUUGAGUUUCACGGUCAGCGUUAUAGAGAACUACACCAAUAUAUAGAUGAAUCAUCUGCACAAGUUAAGAAGUCUAAAGCUGGUACAAUUACAUCACGACCAACAUCAGCACCGGUAGUACAAAGAUUUCUCACACCAGUAUUUACAGUCAAGGUUGAAAAAAGGCCCCAUACAGUAGAUGCGAUAAACUACAACCCAGAUGUUCAUAGAUUGAGAAAUCAAGUCAAUCCACCGAGGAGAAAAACUCGUCCAGUCUCUGCACCUGCUGGCUCAUCUACCAGUUUAGAAUUCCAUCACCCAUCUGAGGUAAUGGCUGUUGAUGAGAAAAAGAUGAAGUACAUGAGAUACUCAAGUCAUAAAGGGAGGCAGAAUAUUUGCUCAGCACCAUCAGGACUCUAUGUCGGAAGUACUGAAGCCCCAAUGUCUGUACAUGUUAACAUACCCCAUUCCAAACCCCACCCUCCCAGCAUGCAGUGGUGUUCCAGCGAGUUAACUGCCUCCCACAAUGCAUCAGCCCAACCAUGGAGAAAAAGCUUACCAUAUAAGAGACCCAGUACCCCCAAAUGUAUCACUGCAAAAGAAACGGACACUCACCAGGAUCUAGUCAGCUGUUUACAGUUUGACAUAGACACACUGAAAGAAAGAUCUGUGAAAAGAUUGAAUGAAGAUAUAGACGAUACCUUGCCGUUGUUUAGGUUCAAACGAGAAGAAAGACUUAAAAAUCAGAAACCACCACUGCCACCCAAAAAGGUCAGACAAAAAAAACAGGAAGCCCUUACAGACGAGCAGAUCAAAAGACUGACUUACCCUCAGCCGAGGGCUUUUAUGGCUGAACAUGAAAAACACUGUGAUGCCAGAGCUUAUGGUAUAGGACAAUCAACACAAAACAUCAAACGAGAACGCCAAACUCCAGCGAGAAAAAAUUGUGAUCUCAGUAAUUCCAAAGAACAGACAAAAUUAGUAAUUCAGUAUACGAAAGAUCGUCAUAAUUGUGAAAGAUUGCCAAAUGGAUGUGGAGAUACAAAGCCUAUAUAUAUUGACAAAUUGAAUGGAUAUUAUACUGAAUCAAAGGUGACUCCUUUUAAUUUAAACAACAUGGAACAUGAUAAAUAUCGAGCAGCCCGUGUCGGGACUGCUGCUUUGCUCUAUGAGUUUCUCAUGGAAAAGAAAGGGAAAGAACAAGAGGAGAAAGAAGAAGAGAAUCACACAGAAGAAGAAGAAGAAUUGCCAAAAGAAGAAGAUCUGAAAUUUGAAUCAGAAGCUAAACGUCAUAUGGGAAUCGGUGUACUCGGUAAACGGCUAAGCACUAUUGAUGAGAUUAAAAUUGGUGGUAUAGACUUGAGUGAAUUAGACAGAUUAACAGUGUCCUCAAAAGAUGAUGACAAAUCUAAGACAUCGGUGACCUCUAAAUCACCUGUAUCUUCGAAAUCAAUCUCGCUGACCAAGUUGUCAACUAUACCUGAAACAAAAACUAAAAGAACAUCUGCUUAUGAACAGAAAAAAACCAAAGAUGCAAUGAAGCGACUUUCUUUGGCACUUGUUGAGCCAGAAAAGGGCAAAUCACAUCCAAGACGAAAAAGUGAUAUUGCAGAUGAAGCUAAUGAUCACAAUGGGAUGGAGGAGAAAGUCGAAUCUGAGCCAGCAGGACAAAAAAUCAAUAUUUUCAAGAAAAAAAUGUGGAAAAAUAACAGACAGAUGAAACAAUUAGUCAACUCUAAAAAAUUAUCACUUCGAUUGAAACAGUCACUUGACCAAUGA